AUGAAACAUAACUACAGAAGCGUACUUAAAUGGUCAAAAAGUGCUGGUUAUAGGCCGGGUGAUAGGCAGUCGAGAAAAGCCAUCGAAUGGUUAUUAGCCUUAGAACGCGAAUUGGACAUUGAGAUUACUCAUGCAGGCAGGACACGGGAAUUUAGAUUGCCAGAAGGGUUACUAGUCGAUGGGUAUCCUGAAAAUACCGAAGACAAUAGAAUAAUAGUUUACCAAUUUCACGGUUGCUACUGGCAUGAGUGUCCGUAUUGUUUUAAAUUAAAUCGGGAUAAAGAACUAGGUUUCGAUAAAAAUUCGGAAUCUCUAAAUGAUCGUUUUAAACGAACGAACGCUCAAGCUGAUCAUCUCCGUUCAUCAGGUUAUGAGGUAUUCGAGAAGUGGGGGUGUCCCUUUAACAAAGAGAAAAUUCAAAACGAUGAUUUGUGGAGUUUUUUAAAAGACCACCCACUUUUGAUGAAUGAUGCCUCAAAUCCUCGAGAUGCAUUUUAUGGGGGUCGAACAGAUAAUACGUUUUCGUAUUAUGAGGCAAAGGGCAAAGUUAAAAUUUCUUUUCUAGAUGUGUGUUCUCUUUAUCCAUUCAUAUCAAAAUAUGAAAAAUUUCCAAUUGGUCAUCCCAAAGUUUACAUUGGUGAUGAGUGUAAACGUUUAACAGGUAAUAACUAUGAUUUAAAUAAUGUCGAGGGUUUGAUUAAAUGUAGGGUAUUGCCUCCGACCAAUAAAUAUUUACCCGUUUUACCUGUUCGAAUGCAUGGGAAACUCAUGUUCCCUCAGUGCAAUACUUGCUGUAAAGAACAACUACAGACAGUUUGUCCUCAUGUUAAUAGUGCAAGUGCCAGAGAAAUUGAGGGUAAAUGGGUUUCCGAUGAGAUUAAAGUAGCCAUUGAAGAGGGGUAUAAAAUUACUGCCAUUUUUUUAAUUUGGCAGUAUGAAACUACCCAAUAUGAGAAGGUCACAAAGACGGGUGAUCUUUUUGUAUAUGGAUAG